CUCCAGUCAUGUACUUUUGGUUUCAUUUCAUGCUUCGUUUGGUUGCCGAGAAAAUGUAUGGAAAAAUGAAAAAAAAAAAGAAUGGAAGUGCAUUCAUUUCGCAUGGUUGGGCUGGAAUUUCCACUUCUUUUUGGAAAUUAUAAUAAAAUUUUCAGUUUGCAUUUUUCUUUCAGUUUCCUCGGUUUUCUUGGCAACCAAUCGGAGGCUUAGGAACUUGGGCCUUUUUUCAAUUUCUGUUAGUAGGGAAAAUUCAUGUGCACUCGCUUCCAAUGCAUCAAUUUAACUCUAUGCUUUCUUUUAUUUUCUUUUCGUUUCCUCAGCAUUCUAAGCGACAAACCAGAUAUUUAAGUUUAUGGUUAAUGCAUCAUUUUCUUAUGUUUUCCUCAUUUUUCUCAGCAACUAAACAGAAGAUUAGGGUUUUCCGUGUCAUAUAUUAUGAAGAGGUAUUGCAGGCGAGAUAGAAUAAGAAAAAGAUGCAGAAUCUGCAUCGCAUUUUAUUCCAUCUCUCUUCUGCUUCCCGUAGCACGAGUGCAGUAGGAUUUCUGAAAGAAACCACAUCAAGGGAUGUAACGUUCGCAUCAAAUUUUAAGCUUUCAAAGGCUCGGGUAUUUUCAGUGAAAUCUGGUGGUGGGGAUGGAGAUGAAGGUGGUGAUCAAUGGGGGAAAACACCAGAAACUCCUAAUGAUUUGGGUUGGGAUGUUGAGUCAUCGUGGUCUACUGGACUGACCAAGGACCAUUUUGAUGGAGAAGCUGUUGGGCGUCAGAUUGAUCCCACUGCUGCCUGUUCUGAAGGAGGCGGACCACCCCGAACCGUAUUAAGAGAAAUGGAUGAGUUAGAUAGUAAACUGGCGGAACUUGAGGCGGAGAACCGAAAGGGCAAGGCAUAUGUUGAUGGAUGGGGCGAGAGGAUGAGGAACAUGUCUGUGCUGUUGAAGCAGGUUCGUGAGCCUGGUGCAAGAGGCUCUUAUCUGAAGGACUCAGAGAAGGCAGAGAUGUAUAGACUGCACAAGGAGAAUCCAGAGGUCUACACUGUUGAGAAGUUGGCCAAAGAUUAUAGGAUCAUGAGGCAGAGAGUGCAUGCCAUUCUGUGGCUGAAGGAGCUUGAGGAGGAAGAGGAGAAAAAGCUCGGGCACCCUCUGGAUGACUCUGUUGAGCUCUUGCUCGAUACCUGUCCUGAAUUUUUUAAUUCCCAUGACAGGGAAUUCCAUGUAGCAUCCCUUCCAUACAAACCCGACUUCAAGGUUAUGCCUGAAGGUUGGGAUGGCACCACUAGAGAUCCAGAUGAAGUUCAUUAUGAAAUAUCACAGAAGGAAGAUGAAAUGCUAUAUCAAGAAUUUGUUCAAAAGAUGAACUUCAACAAAAAGAAAAUGGCAGGGGAGGUGAAAUGCCAUAAAUACAGCCGGAGGCGAUCUGCGGAAGGAUGGAAUAUCAUGGUUGAGAAACUGGGGCCACAAGGAAAGCGUGGAAAUGGUGGUGGCUGGAAAUUUAUUAGCCAACCAGAUGGAUCCAGCCGGCCCUUGAAUGAAAUGGAGAAGAUGUACGUGAAGAGGGAGACUCUCCGCCGACGACGCAAGAUUCUCCCUUGAUGACUCUUUCAGAACUCACUAAUGAAGCUUUUGUUUCAUCAAUGGGUAUAAUAAACUCUUGCUUUUAGGGUUAAGAAUUUUGCCAAACUGGUAGAUGUGCAGUUCGAUAGUUGGGAUUGUCUUGAUGUUGUGUAUUACAUGGUUCGGAUUCGGGUUGUUAUCAGCACCAUUUUUAUGAGGAAACAUUAUAUCAUCAGGUUCAAAUCAAAAGCUCCAAAUAAAAUGCCAGAUCUUAUUUGCACUGUUUUUA